AUGGAAUUCAUUUAUAAACGAGUAACAUUUUAGUUAGGGGAUGUGUUGAAUAGUGAUUCAUUUUAUCCAAAUUCAUUUUUAAAAGAAAAUGGCAUUAAACCAUUAGAUGAAGAUGAAACAGAGGAAGAAAUUUAAAGAAAAAGGAUUCUCCUAGAAAAAUAGGAGGAAGAACGUUAGAGGUAAAUAAAAUAAGAGUAAGAAGAAUUAGAACAGCUGAAAAAAUCAUAAGAGUAAAAAUAAUUAGAAGAAAAUGAAAGAAUUUAAAAGGAAUAGUCAGAGAAGAUCAAAUAAGCUUAAAAGGGUAUUUUAAAAAAAUCAAAAACCUCUCUUAAGUAGCCAAUAUAGCUGGAUGAAUAUGGAAAGCCUAUUAAAAAUGAACAUCCUUUGCAUAAGCUAAAAGUUUUUAAUUCUUGGGAAAAAUUAUAUAGAGUAGGACCUGGUUUAACUAAUUUUGGAAAUACAUGUUUUAUAAAUAGCGUACUGCAAGUUGUAACGUAUACUCCUCCUUUAGCCAAUUACUUUACAUAAAAGAAACACUCAGCUGUGUGUUAAAUUAAUUCUUAAAAAAGGAAAUAAUUAGCCAAUAGCUCAUUACUUUCAAAUACCCCAAGAAACACAUUUAUAAAUUCAAACAAUUUUUGUUUAAUGUGCUUUUUAGAAAAUCAUAUGAGAAAAUGCUUUACAGCAACAGUUAACAUUAUACACCCAGUUGUGAUUGUAAAUAAUAUGCAUAAGCUAAUAAAUGAUUUUAAAAUUGGAAAGUAGGAAGACCCUCUCACAUUUUUUACAAUAAUAGUAAGCUAAAUAAAAAAAGAGCCUUUUCAAGUAAAUGAAAAUGAAAGAGAAGAAGGAGAUAAAUAGGAUUUAAGGAUACAACAUAAUGAAAAAGAAAAAUAAACAGAAAAAAUCUUUGAAUUAGAUACAAAAAAAUAAAAUGAGUAAUAGGAUGAUAAUGAUGAUGAUUCUGAUAUAAGUUAAAGUAGAAAGGAAGAAGAAAAAUAAUAUAUUGAUGCUCUAAAUUAAAAAAAUGCAGACUUAUUUAAUAAUAUGUUCACGGGAGCUAUUUAAUACAACAUAACGUGCUAUUCUUGUAAAACUGAAUAAAUAUAAUAUGAAAUUUACUAUACAAUUGUUUUAGAUAUAAAAGGAAUGGAUUCAUUAGAUGACUGUUUAAGUGCUAAAUUUGCAGAGAAAGAAGUAGUUUGCAAAUAAUGCAAAUAUCAAAAGGCUAUCAGAACAGCAAAUAUAUAUAACUUUCCAAAUGUAAUGGUGAUAAAGAUAAACAGGUUUUAUGAAAUUAUGAAAAUUCAAAAAAAUAUUGAAUUCAAGACAGAACUAAACUUGUAAGAGUACUCUUUAUCUAAAUAAUACUCUCCUGCCACUAACUACAUUUUAUAUGCUAUGAUAACUCAUUAAGGUUCUGUGGCAUGGGGAGGACAUUAUUAUAGCUACAUAAAAGACUCUAGUGAAAAUUGGUUUUGUAUGAAUGAUUCUUCAGUAAAAUAAGUAUCGUUAAAUGAGAUGAGAAACGAUCCUCCUUAUUUACUUUUUUAUAUCAAAUAAGAACCUUCUCACUAGUUGGCCAUUCCUGAAGAUUUGGUUAGGCAAAAAGAUCAGUUGAAGGAGCUUUCUAGAAGUCUUAGUUAAAAAAGAAAUUUGAAUAUAUCUUCUAGAAAAAAAAUUGAUAUUACUCCUGAAAAUUUCUACAACGUGUAAGAAUCAUAAAUCCUUUCAGCAAAGAAUGGCAGUAAUAUAUUUGUAAAAAGAAGUAAUAAUGCAAGUCCAAUAUAAAAAUCGCCUAAUGGUAUAUAAAUUGGUCCUCUUAGAGAACCAUCUAAAUCUCCAUAGCAUAAUAGACUUAAAAGUUCUUUAGGUGUUAUUGGAGCCUAUUCACCAAUGAGAUCUAGAGCAUCUUCGAUUAACGAAGAAACACCUCUUUCUUAAUAGCCUCAUUAAACAAAAAAUUAAUAGAAAAAGUAAUAAAUUAGAAGAGCUUUUAUAACUCCAUAAAGAAAUAGGGAGCCUAGCUAUGAAAUGAAAAAGAUAACACAUGAAGAAAAAUCAUAUUACUUAAUUCCUAUAAGUGAUGAAAAACAAAGAUAUUCUAUAUCUAAUUAGGUUUAAGGAGACAAUUAAACAAUUUUCAAAAGAAAGCAAAAGCAGCAGAGCUCUUAAGGAGUGAAUACUUCAACAAAUAAUCCUAUUACAAAUUAAGACAAAGCUUUCUAAUAAAAUUUUGAAUUCGAAAGAUCAAGAGUUGUCAAAAUGCCCAAAAUAAAAAAAUCUAAUGGUGAUUAAUAAGAUUAUUUAAAACUUUCAGAGCUUUCUAUGAUGUCACCUCAUAAACUUAUUGCUCCAUUUGCUACAGUUAAGAAUUCUGAUAAAAAAAGAAUGUUUGAUCAUUAAAAUUUGAAUUAAUCUGCUCAGUGUAGUCCUAACAGAAAUAAUAAAUAAUUUCACUUCUAUGAAGAUUAUGAAAAGCGUUUUUCUGGUCAAGGAUUUGCUUAGCAGGUCUACAAUAUUUCUUAUGUGAGUGGAAGCUCUACUAAAGUAACAGACUGUAUCCCAUUCAUAAGUCCAAAGAAGCCAAAUUAUUCCCUUAGUUUACCUUAAAAUAAUGAAGGACCAUUUAAUUUUGGUUUCACUCAUGAAGAUGCUAGACCUUUUAAUACUUUUAAUCUGAAAAGACACAAGUAAAAUAGUUAAGAUGAUAAUAAUUCAGAAUAUUAAUCAAAUCUAUCAGCAUUAAGCUGCACAGAACCUUAUAGGAGUAAUAAAGAUAAAACUCCAUCAGAUUUAUAAAAUACUUUAGAAUUAACUAAUUAGUAUUAGUUUUAAAAUACAGCUAAAACGAAAACUUAAACUUCUAAUUUUACAUCUAAAUAAAUAACUGAAAGAUAAAACUGUUUAACUAAUCCAAACAAGACCUUCAAAAAGAGAAAAUGUAGAAAGAGAGCUUCCAGCUUUAAUCAUUUAAGAACUCUACUAAAUAAUUGUGAAUAAAGAAACCAAAGUCUUCCUGAAAAAUUGUUUUAUAAGAACACAAAUGUAAUUAUAAAAAAGAAAAAGAAAAACUAAAAAAGUGCAAAACCUUAAAAACCAGACUGGCAAUUCUGA